UUAGCUUUCUGUUAAGAGUGGAGCAGCAGCAGUUAAAUUACUGUCAGACUAAAAUCAGUUUUCACUCUACUGCCAAACCGGUCGAAACUCAAGAAUAAAAUAACCGAAAAGUACGUAAAAUAAAGCGGCGCGUGCAAAAUUAAAGAAGGUUAAGUGCGAAUUUGGCGUUACAUUUAUCAACAACAACCAGAGACAUAAAUAAAAAUUUAACAACAUGACGACAACACUACCCAAAGUUGACAUUGAUCAGCCCAAAUAUGAUCAAAGCACUUAUAUGAACCGUGCCAAACACUUUUUCCUGCUGACCAAUCCUUUAAAUCUAUUGGCCACAAAUUCCGAAUUGGAAAGAGCAAAGAGAAUUGUCAAUGAUUAUCGUGCUGGUAAACCCGUGUCAGAUGUUAAGAAUGUCGAGGAUUUAUGGCGCGCCAAAUAUUUGUACGAUUCCGCUUUCCAUCCCGAGACCGGCGAGAAAUCUUUGAUAAUUGGUCGCAUGUCAGCUCAGGUUCCCAUGAAUACCUUAAUUACUGGAUGCAUGCUUUCGUUCUACAAAACUACACCGGCUGUUAUUUUCUGGCAGUGGGUAAAUCAAACAUUUAACGCAGUGGUCAAUUAUACAAACCGUUCCGGUUCCACACCCCUCUCCAAAGAGCAAUUGUUGACUUCAUAUGUUUUGGCUACAGGUGGUGCCUUGACCACAGCUUUAUCUUUAAAUAGAAUAGUUAAGAACAUGAAUCCCUUAAUCGGCCGUUUGGUUCCAUUGGCCGCCGUGGCUGCUGCCAAUUGCAUUAAUGUUCCCAUGAUGCGUAUGCAAGAAUUGAAGAAUGGUGUCACCCUUUUGGAUGAACAAAACAAUGAGAUGGGUAUUUCCAAGAAAGCAGCUGCUGUGGGUAUUACAGCUGUAGUAGCCAGUAGAAUAAUUAUGGCCACACCUGGCAUGGUUUUAACUCCCAUGUUGAUUAACAAAUUGGAAAAGGGAGGUUUCUUGAAACGUUUCCCCAAGGCUGGUGCUCCCAUACAAACCCUGUUCUGUGGUUUUGUAUUAAUCUUUGCCACUCCCCUGGGCUGUGCAUUCUUUAGCCAAAGAGCUGCCAUAGAUGUUAAGAGCUUAGAACCUGAACUCCAGGAAUCUAUUGAAAAGAAGAACCCGGAUUUAACUCAAGUUUGGUUCAACAAGGGCUUGUAAAUUUACCAUCUCCUCUAUAUCAUAUGCCAGCCACAAGAGUAAUGCAAUUAAGAGCUUAGCCAUCUUACAAACUAAAAAAGAAGUAACUAAACUUAGUUUAAUAAUACAUAGUAAUUUACUACACACCCAUGCUAAAAUCAACUAAAUGUGUUUGACAAUAAUUUCAACAAAAUACAUAGUUUUUAAUUAAAUUAAUUAAACAAAUUUAGAUGUGAGUAGGUAGAAAAAUACUCUCUUAACAUUUUAAAUGUUUUUAAUACAUAUUUUUCCAAUUCGUUGCAUUUAUUUUUGUGUUCUUCCUAAGUUAAAGGCAACACGUACACAUACUCUAUUCCAAGCUAUUAAGAAACAUUAAAAUACCUCAGAGAAUAUAUACAUAAUAGAUAAAAUGUCCUUAAUUAAGGUUUAAUAAAAAACAAAAUAGUAAAAAUGUAUGUAAGAGAUCAAUCAUCACAAUUACAUAACUAAACAGUAAUUAGUUUGUUUAGCUAGUUUCUUUCUUAACAUGUCCUAAUUUAGUUUCGUUUUAAGAAUAUGAAUAAAA